CCUACACGUAGAUAUCGAACGCAGUAUAUUAAUCUAGCCUACCUGGGCCUCAGACAUCUUGCUCGUUGCUCUCGUGACAGGGAGAUGCUAUUGUCUCAGCAAGCUACUGGCGCGCAAUUCGAUUAUCAGACCUUCAAGUCAGAGAUACAAGAUGCAGACCUCACACCCUCUCAACUUGCACCGCUAAACCAACGCGUGGCUUCUCUAGAGAGCUUCAUGCCGCGAAUGGAGAAUAGAGCGAAAGGCAGAAAGCUUCGGGUCUCUAAGGGCACAUUAUGGGAAAAUAAGCCCGGCUUGCUCACGAUCGUCGAUCUCUCUUGCCCAUAUAUCUCGCCUGAACAGCUUACUCGUUGUUUAAUAUUUGUUUAAGUCUAUUCCUCGAGCAAGGCAUAGAUUGUGGUCGGGUUAUAGCUCUAGACGAGGCCCAUAAAGUAAGUGAAACAACUCCAUGCUAGCUAAAAUUAAAUCACUAUAACACU